CUUGUUGUUGUGGCUGUCCGUGAGGCUGGGGUUUCAAUGGCUUUUCUGUCCUUUUGGGCGUGAUCAUCAGCACAGGAGCCCAACCGGAAACGACAAGAGCAACUAAGAGACGGUUGGGAGAAGCUUGCGUGUAGAAAUUCCACAGUUUCUUCAGAUUACGUGGGUUUGUGUGGUGUUUGCGGUUACGGGAGUGUUGUGGCAUGCAGUCGGGAGGCCAGGUCCCAGUGCCCCGCCACCACGCGAACGUGCUCUGGGUCUGAAAAUUAAAAAUAUCAGCCGGUCUUUCGCUGUCUAGUUCGGGCAGUUUCACCGUUCCUCAAGUGUAACUAAUUGUGAACUUGGCCUCGAUUGGAGAACGGUAUUAAACCCUUCAGCGAGCUGGGGGCCUGAGUCCAACAACAGAAGGCGGUAUUCCUUUGGUCUUGGACUGCUAUCUCCCAGAGUGAAGGCGUGACAAAAAUUGGUCCUGGUGGGAGACCGGAUCCCAGCGGUCCUGGACACAGGAUGUGCCACAGUCAUCCUAGUGAAUAGCUUUUAACCAAGCAUAGGAGAGGGGAGGCUACAAAAUCCAGUGCCAGAAAAAAGCCAAGAACUUACCGCACACACUACCCCAAGCUUCUGGACCAAACUUUCAGAGUGCCAUCUGGAUAACAUUCCCAGGCUUGCUGCAAUCAUGGAGGCUGAAGUUAGAUUAUGCUGGAUGCUGCUUGUCUUAGGAGUUCUUACUUCUGUACUUCCAACUGCUGCUCAGCAAGACUGUGCACUCAGGAAUAGCCAAGCUGGCCCAACUACUUUUGCAUAUGUGGAUGAAAACAGUCCAAAUGGUACUGUGCUGGUCCCUUACAUGGACAUUGUUGGUGAGACGUCAGGGGAAAAUGCCACUAUAACACUGUCACUCAAGAACACACCAGACUCUCAUUGGGUCAUUCUGGAUCCCAUUAACCAGACAUUGUACCUGAAUGUUACGGGAAACAACACAUUGGACAGGGAUGGCACAGCUGGUAAUAAUGGCAUCACAUCACUGAGGGUCACAGUGGUCUGUGUCAGCAACACGUGGGGAACAAUUGAACACCCAGUAACAGUUGUGGUGACAGAUUUGAACGACAACGCUCCCCAGUUCCAUCCUGACUCUUACUUUGUGGAGGUGAAUGAGCUAACUCCAGUAGGGAUCACCAUCCUGGAUGGCUUCUCUGUAACCGACUUGGACGGUACCAACGAGAUCAAGUUCAAGAUUGUUGAGAAUGAAGAUGAUCCUGUUGCAGAUGAGUUCUUCAACAUUCCACUACCAAAGACUGGGGCAAUUGUUGUUUCUAGACAACUGGAUUAUGACAGUAUGGCGCCACCCAGACAAUAUCGUCUGAAGGUGGAGGCCUGGGACACAGCAGAUGAACAGGACCCCAGCAAGAACACAGCCCACACCAUUGUGACAGUCAACAUCACGGAUGGAGAUGACCUGGGACCGUUGUUUGAGCCUUGCUGUGACCCUGUCACAUACAUGGCUAAUGUUACAGAGAAAACUGAACCGGCAUUACUAAACCCCAUCCCAGUCAGCCCCAACAGCAUCACAGCAGUAGAUCAGGACAAGAACAUUCAGCCAGAAGAGGAAAGACCCAACAUUGUCUACAGCUUCUUUACAGGAAAUCCAUCAGUUUACAGAGAGUACUUCUCCAUAGACAACUCCACUGGUGAAGUCAGCCUGCAGAGAGCAGUCAACAGAGAGGACUACCAGAUGUUCAGCAUCGUUAUCAAGGCAGAGCAGGACAGAAAUGACCCAAAGCCAGCAUACGCUGACCUCCUGAUCACAGUACUGGACCUGAAUGACCACACCCCACAGUUUGAAGAGCGGGGGUAUGUGGGGUUUGUGGCAGAGAACACUGUAACUGGUACAACUGUGGUGACCACACAGGAUGGGGCAGAACCACUGGAGAUAAGGGCUGUGGAUCUGGAUGGAACAGAAGUGAUGUACACCUUACUGAACCACACUGACAAGUUCCGGCUCAGACCGGUGGGUGAUGUGCAGUACCUAGUCAUCACUCAGAGUCUGGACUGGGAGGAACAGGAUACGUAUGAGUUAUCUGUGAUGGCCAGUGAUGGUGAGUUGACCAACACGACUACAGUGGUGGUGACAGUGGUAGACAGGAAUGACUUCACCCCACAGUUCCACCCUCCUGGUCCCUACAUCACCAGACUCAAGGAUGACGCUCUAACUGGGCAUGUGGUUUAUGAGCUGAAUGUGACAGACAGUGACGGGGGUGCGUACGGAGAAGUUACCUUCAGCAUCCUGCAUGUGACGAACAACGGUCAGAACAAGUUUGCUGUGGACGGGCGGAACGGGACGGUCACCCUGGAGGAGGAGAGUCUGCUGACUGGGGAGGUGUACACUCUCACAGUCAUGGCCGCUGAUGGGGCUCCGCAGGAUGAACGCAAGUCUUCUGUCACUACUCUGGAGGUGAGAGUCAUCCCAGCAAACAACCAGAGCAGGCCGACCUUUGACCCUGCCAGGUACUAUGUCUCCAUCAGUGAGGGAGCUCAGAUUGGCACGUCCCUGACUACAGUUCAUGCAUUUGAUGCUGAGGGGGAACCACUUCACUUUGUGAUUGCUGACGGGAAUCCUAACAACACUUUCAACAUCUCCAGAAAAGUAAAUGCCACAGAGGAAGGACAGAUCAUUUUGAACAGAGAACUUGAUAGAGAAGAUAUCUCAGAAUACACCCUGAUUGUCCUGGUGGAUGAUGGGAAUGAAAAUGGGACAGCGACAGCUACAGUAGAAGUUGUUGUGACAGACAUCAAUGACAACAACCCCAUCUUCAACUCCUCCUUUCCCACCGAGUUUACAAUUCAGGAGGAACAGGACCCAAACCCACCUGUAUACAUCGGAAUGGUGGAGGCCACUGAUGCUGAUAUCGGAGCAAAAGGAGAAGUAGAAUAUCAUCUAGUAUCUUCAAGUUUUGAAAUCACUCCUGAGGGAGCUAUUUACGCCACCCAAAAGCUGGACAGGGAGGAACAAGACCAGUACAUCCUAGUGGUCACUGCAAAUGACAAAGCACCAGAUGGGAGAAGCUCCUCCAUAACUCUCACUGUAAAUGUGACAGACAUUAACGACAACAGUCCUCAAUUCCCUCAAGAUCUAUAUGAAGUCGUGUUGGACGAAAACGCAAACGUGACCGUUCUUCUAACUCUGCAGGCCACAGAUGCUGACCUGGACCCCAGUCUGACCUACUCCAUAGCUGAUGGAGACACCUCCCUGUUUACUGUUGACUCCACUACCGGGCAACUGUCCAACCUACAGCCUUUAGACUAUGAAGUGGGCCAUGAAUAUACUCUUGUAGUACAGGCAGAUGAUGGUGAAAAUCAAGGCAACACCACAGUCGUAGUGGCCGUGAAUGACUUGAAUGAGUUUGGCCCAUUGUUCAGUCAGGAUGUGUAUUCAGCAGAGGUGCUGGACAAUGCUGUGGUUGGCACCAACAUCACCACUGUAAAUGCCACUGACAAUGAUGUGAAGGGCACCCCAUCCUCCCAGGUCCUGUACAGACUAGCUGAUGAGGACAGCAUGGCUGCAGGCCUGUUCAGGGUGGACAGAGACACAGGUGUGGUCACUACAAGGGUCAACCUCAGGGAGUCACCAGGGGACACAUAUCAGCUGGUAGUAGAGGCCUAUGAUGGAGGUGAUCCUGUCAUGUCAUCACAAGCAACAGUCAGCAUCACGGUGCUCAGCUCUGACACCCGACCCGUCUUUCAGAAAAACCUCUAUGAAGUGCCUUCCCUUAGUGAGAACACCCCAGUAGGAACAGAUGUUGUGUCUGUGUUUGCUGAAGGAGCAGCAACAUACAACAUAGAGAGGGGCAAUAAUGCAGGAAUUUUCCGGAUAGAUUCAGGAGGUGUGGUCUAUGUGAAUAAGACCUUAGAUCAUGAAACAGUCGUGUCCUACAGACUCCUUAUUAGGGCAUACAGUGAUGAACCACUGAGGAAGAGGAGGAGAAGGGCCACAGAGGCAGAUGAUCCUGACUAUGCAGAGAUCCUCAUCACCCUUCAGGAUGAAAAUGACAACCCUCCUGUCUUCACUCAGGAGGAGUAUAUCACAGGAGUCACUGAGAAUAUUGGCACAUUUGCAAGUAUUCUGAAGGUUGAGGCCACAGACUCUGACAGUGGGAACUUCAGUACUGUCCACUACUCACUCAAGCCAUCUGGGGAGGAAGAUUACACAGGCAAUUUUGCCAUUGAAGGGUCAACAGGGGUCAUAAAGGCAGCAGUACCCUUUACUGGGAAGAUGGGGAAAGUACUGACAGUCACUGUAGAGGCAUCUGAUGGCAACAACAUAGCAUCUGCUCAAGUUUUGGUUGCAGUAAUGAGUGAAGACAAUAAAGUCAUCUUGGUGGGGAAUGCACCAGCAACCAUGGUGGACGAAAACCGUGACAAGCUCCUAAGCCUGCUGUCCAACAUCACUGGAGGAGUUGCAGUGAUUGACAACAUCAGCCCCAGUGUGCAAGCAGGCACUGUGGAUGCCACAAAGACGGAGGUGGGGUUCUAUAUAUUAGACAAAGAGACAAAUCAGCCAAUGUCCAAAGAGAGAAUAUUAGAAAUUUUAGCAUCCAAAAUGGAUGAAAUCAACAAGCUGUUUGGCAGCUUCUUUCCUGGAGAUGAGGUGUUGGAGGUCCGUGCCCCCGAGGAGAGACAGGUCAUGACGACCAGUCUGUCGUUCACUGAGGGAGCGCUCAUCGCACUCGGCUGUCUUAUCUUUCUGGCCAGUGUGGUGGGCAUCAUAGUCAUCAUCAUCACAUGGAGACGGCGGAAGAAUGCUCUGAUGCGGAAGAACAGGCUGUUAUACAUUCCCAACUAUAAUGCGUAUGAGGAGCUAGAUGGCACGAACACCAAUGGUGGAGUACCAUAUCUCAGGGCCUACGAGUCACAGGAAGUAGCGAUGGAGAUCCCAGAGGGGACAGACCCCAAUGAGCAGGAUGUAGUGUUCCAGGCUGAGGACGGCAGCUUCUAUGCAAUACAGAUGAGGAACCCAGUGUUUGACAAAGGACCUCUUCUGUACAGCUCUCUUGGUAGUGGGUGGUCUAUGCUUUACGAAGCUGACACUCCGACCAGCAGUGGCACUUACACUUACAACAUUCCCAAGAUCCCCUUCAGAUGUCGCCGUGUCCCCGUAACUGUCGCCCCUCUGAUCAGCUGCCAUCAUGUCCCAAUGGCUUCUUCUGAAAGUGUGGACACCGACUUUGAGAGUGCCAACGUGCCACCUCCCUACCCUCCCGGUCCCCCUCCUGACUUCUUCGACAGAGACAGCAUAAUUGCUAUCGAUGCAGAUGCAUCAAGUAGUGAAGGAGAAGACAGUCCUGUUAGCCUCUUUUCAACCAGUAGCGGACCACUGUUAACGGUGCCACAGAAGUACCAUGUGCCCAUAGGGUGUGUGAGAACGCCGUCUGGAAGUUUCCACAGCCCUCUGAGUGGCCAAACACCAACCAGUGGAAGAACGUCCUUUUCCAGCCACCCAUUGCCAUCAAGUGCCACUUACUCCAAGUUUGGUGGCCCAUCCAUUCCUUCUUUCCCUACCUCUGGGUACACCUCUGUUGGGGGCACCCCGAUCCCUUCUAUCCCCUGUAGCACCGGCACCCCAUUCAGCAGCCCUGCCCGCUCUGGUAUCUCCCAGAAUGCACCACCCCCUAGUACCACUGCCCACCUCCCCAGCAGGAGAGAGUUCAGGACAGCCCGGGGGGUCCCGGUUAGAAUCGUACCUCUCACUCUGGCAUCCCCCGUUCCGAGAAAUGGACGGAAAAGUUCUGAAAGUGGCCGCUCAAUGUCGUCGUCUGCCGGUGACUCGUCAUCUGCAGAGAGUGGCGGAGACUCGCCCAGACAAGGACGGCCGAGGAGAAGAAAAUCUUCCUUCAAAGAGAUUGUAGAUAAAAUAUCCUUUGUGGACAACAGGAGCGAGCAACGCUUGAUCUCAGAAGACGAGCCACAGAUCACACCGUAUGAUGAAGUUGCUGAUGUGGAGGUUGAGUCCACAGCUUUCAGGGGCAGCCAUGAUGUCCAGCUGAACCCAGCAACAAAGUACCAAUCAACCAUGAUGAGCACCUUCAAGGCACCAACAGCUGAGGAUCUGGACAUUGUCCCGUAUGAGGGUCCAACGUCCCAACCUCAACAGAAUAAGCAGUCUACCCCCCCUGCCGGUCAGGGGGGUGACAGACUGAAGGGACGUCAUGAUGCCCAGGGGGUUCCCAUCACUCUGCUGUGAGGAUUAACCUUCAGCCUGCUAUGGUAGCCUUUUGGCACCAAAUUUGUGCUGGUCAACCGGUUAGGCAGUAGGGAGACGUUUUUAAAAAGAGUAGAUUCACAUGAUGUGUCAGUAUGUAUCAAGUGGCUAAAGAUUGACGGAACAAUUUCACAAAACCUUCCAAUAGAACACAAAGAUGCUGUGUGCUCUCAAGCUACAAUUUCAAAGAAAACAAGUGAUUAGUCUGCAUUGUACUGAAAGUGUUGUACCUCAGCUAGUAAUUCUAUAUGUGUAGUAUAAAAAGUGUACAUGACUUGUACAAGUGCUGAAAGAUGUGCCCUGUAUCUUAUUGUACUCCUCUGGUGCCAUCUAGUAUAAUGAUUGCAUAGAGAAAGAUGUAUAUUAGAUGUUACUAUAGGUAAGUUACCGUAGCUAUUGUUGUUAUUUUGAGGUUAAGCAUGGAUAUUGUUCACCGUACUGUGUGUAUGUCCCUGGUGGACAGAAUUUUAUAAUGAGUUGUUUGCAGAGUAUAGACUAUGGUGUGUAUCCAUGUCUCUUAAUUAUUCUAAGGUUUGGGUCCAAAUUGCAUUAUGCGUACCAGUGACACCAAUAUACAUUGUACAGACUGACUUUUUCACUCUGGAGAGGGUGUUCCAAAAUCAAGGCAAACAAUCUCAAUUUUAAGUAAAUUUAUGGAAUCUUACCGUUUGAAAUAUGGACAAUGGUAUAGAAUAACUUUGAAGCAGUUAAGCUGACAGAGCUAAUGGAACACCUUGAAGUUCAUGAAAUCACUGCAACAUGAGAGAAUGUGAUUGUAAAACUGUAAAAAAAAAAUGUUCUAAAAUGAACCAUGUAACAGUAAAUUAGAAUACCCAGCUAGGAGUCUCCAGACUACAAGUAUGAUACAGUAUCACAGUUGUCCUAUGGAACCAGCAUUUUCCAUCAAAAUAGCCUUCUGGGCUCCCUAAAAAUUCCAAUUCUUUUCAUGAAAAUUUUCUUCUCACAAAAGAUGGAUUUAUGAAGUAAGGCCUGUGCAUUUGCCAAAAGCUGUAAGUAUAUUAAAGUCUGUGAUACAUGUAUUUGGAGUGUGUGAGUAUAUUGUGAAUGUUCUAGUAUCUUGUUGCCAUUAUGUGACCAAAGAGGUAUGCAAUAGUCACAAUGUGGAGGUAAUAUUGUAAUUGAAUUGAGCAAGACUGAAUAAUGUGCACGUCUGUUUAGUGUUCUUGUAGACAUGUUUACAUAUUGUAGUAAAACUGAGUUAGUACAUCAAUCUGCAAGAGGGUUUUUUUUCUCCU